AUGUCCUCCAAGGACCAAGAAGUCGAGACACCGGCCGAUGAGAGACCGCAAGACAGGGAAAAGGUCCGCCGCUCAAAAUCCGAACGAAAGGAACGCAGCCAUCGCGACCGAGACCACGAUCGAGAAAGGGAUAAGGACCCUGAACGUCGCCGACAUCGCACAUCUCGGCUCUCUAAGAGCAAGCUCGGCAGUGAACUUAGCGACAACCUCUCCCAUACAUCUAGUCGCCGCCACCGCCAUCGCAAGGAUAGAGACAGUGAUGAGCAUCAUCGCCGUCACCACCGCACUGCUUCGACCAGCGAUCUAGGCAGUUCAGAUAUCAGAACGUCGACAGCUGCCACUUCCAUUCUUUCUGACCGUAUCAACAUGCCUUACCCAUCAUUCAGUAAGGCACACAGCAAAGAGGCCAUCGUUAGUCGCGAUUCCCUAUCACUUAAACCUCCUACUCGUGAACCGCCAGAGCCUCCUACCGCCGAGGAACUCAAGGCCCGCAGGGAUUCUGGCAAUGCCAAUCCGAAUGCGCCACCCAGUCCUCCCCCAACCGACUUGGACGCGGACAAGACUGCUGUGAACGAGGAAACGCCAAAUGAGCCAGUUGACGAGGAAUCCACGAAAGAGGAUUCAUUCGACGAAGAGACGUUAAAUGCAGAUCUGUCUAGGGAAGACAUCCCAACGAUUCAGACCCCGACAGAGGAACCUUCAGCAUCUGAGGCUGGCCUGAAAAAGUCAAAGUCAAGACUAUCUCACUCUCGAUCAGCAUCACGAAACGAGGAGCGCUCCCGUUUCUUCUCAUCGCUCAGUCCAUCGAACAUCUUCUACUCGAAGCCACAGAAAACCCCCUCCGUUAUCGACGUUGAAGAUGUCGACUCAAACCUGCAUUCCAAAACGGCGACGCCUGCGUCUGCCUUUGGCAUUGCUCCUCCACCCCCGCCUCCACCACCGGCGCUUGAUGUCCACGACAUGCCUCGAGUCGACUACCUUCUUCAAAACGGCGGCCUUGCAUACACAGCCCCCAAGAACUUCCUCUCUGUACUGCCCCGUCAAAACGGCACACGACCUUCAAAUCCCCCCCUGGUCGGUACAGACACUCUCUUUGCUCCGUUUCACAACCUACUGGAUCAGUACAACACUGUCCUCAACAAGCAGGGAUCAAUUGCUGUCGCUACUGGGCACCGUUCAGUCGCUCGUAGACUGCUGGACCGUCUCGAGAAUGUAUUCUCUCGCGAUCUCCCUCCUUAUGGUUGCACAUGUGUCAUGUGUGACAACCCCCACGAGAUCCAUGAUGGUCUGAACUGGGGCGAUGUUUUAGAGUGGGUGAGCGGCCGCAUUGAACUCCCACAGUGGCCUCCUUUUGAUCUGGCCGAGGUUGGCACCAAGGCCGCUGAAAUUUCUGGUGACGUGCCCCCUCGACCUGCGUCACCGGUCCAGCUGGAUCCGGAUAUUGCGGAAGAAUUUAGGGAGCACUACCUUCGCCAGUCGAAGAAGGUCCGGACUGCUGUCGAUCGAUGGUUGUCUAACACUGGAGAAACCCCAGUACCACCCCCUCAGGAUGUUGACGAUGAGACCUUGUCUUUCGCCAUUCUGACAAACCUUGAUCCUGAGGACCGCCCUUACUUUAACGCGAUCAUGACCGGAUCCAAGGAGUUGAAGUCAUCUGUUCGCGCCCCCACACCAGGACACCGGCCUAGAACGGAUUUCCUCAUCAAGACUGGCCUUGCAUUGCAACGACUAUACCGAUUGCAACAAGUUCCUCGGGACGCCGAAUCGGCGACAUACUUGGUCAAGAACCCACACACUCACGAUCUUUUGGUUGCACUUUCCAACAUAAACAAUUCUGAGUGGGAGAUUCUCGUCUCUGGGCGCUUCGAUGGCUUCCUUUGGUCUGGAGCAGACGAUGAGCCACACACACCGCAUUCUGAAUCUCGGGGACCUACGCCAGCCAGCUCUUACUACAACACCCGAACGAUGAGCCCUGGACCUCGAGCUUCCUCUUCGUUCAGCUCGAGAAACACGACUCCCUUCUCAGUCUACUCGCGAGGCACAACGCCAGCCUCAUUCGUAAGUGUCAACACAACUGGCAUGCCCGGAAGCCGACAGGCUGUUUCCAACGACGAAGAAAUGGAGAUGGCAGCGAUUGCAGAGAUUGAAAGGGAGAUUUACAAGGGUAUGGAGACUUUGGAGGAUGCCUUUGAAAAACUACACAAGAAGGCCGAGGUCGUCCGAAACGCACUACGUCAACGUGGAGCCGGUUUGAUGCAGAACUUGCAGAACCGCCGUCGUAUUGAUGUGCUUUCGGGCCCCAACUCGGGCAACUCGCAGUCUUCGGGCUACGAGCGACCGGCUUGGGCUGGAGACGACGAUCGUGAACCCGGCAGUGAUGACGACUGGGCUUUAGACGAUAUCGAUAUUAUGCCCGAUGAUUCGGCCAGCAACAUAAGCAGUUCUCGCCACAGACGACCUAAGAGGCGUACAGAGCGACGAACACCUGCCCCGAUCAACGAAGAAGACGAGGAUUAA